AUGACAGGUCAAAAUUUUAAAGUUGUUGUAUUUUCAGGUGGUACCGCUACUAAUUCUUUAACUCCGUGUUUUACUAAUAUUGCAAAUAUAGCAGGUUCAGAAGUCACUUAUGUCUUACCAAUCUCGGAUAAUGGUGGUUCAACAAGUGAAAUUCUAAGAAUUCUUGGUGGACCUGCUAUUGGUGAUAUUAGAUCAAGAAUCAUUAGAAUUAUGGAAGAUGAAACAUUAAGUAAAUUAUUUGGUCACAGAUUAGCUGAUGAUGCAUUAUUAGCAAAACAAGAAUGGAAUGACAUUGUCGAAGGAUCUCACACUAUUUGGAAAGAGGUACCGGUUGAAGUUAAGGAAAUGUGUAGAGCAUUUAUUAUUCAUAUACAAGCUGAAUUAUUGAAAAAAUCAAAAAAUUCUUAUAGUUUCCAAUUUGAAAAAGCAUCUGUCGGUAAUAUGUUUAUGACAGGUGCUCGAUUGUUUUUAGGUUCAUUAGAUGCCUCAAUAGAAUUAUUAAUGAGAAUUGGAAGAUGUAAUCCAAAUACUUUUGUUAUUCCAUGUAUUAAUUCAAAUCAUACACAUCAUAUUUCUGCAUUGUUAACUAAUGGAGAUGUCAUUACAGGUCAAUCUCAAAUUUCUCAUCCUUCACCAAUUCAAAAUUCAAACAAUACAAAGAAAAGAACUACAAGACAAGCUAAAAAAAAUGAUUUUUUACAUAUUAUGAAAGAAUCUCAAACUGCUGUUGAACUAUUAAAAAUGAUGCCUUCUUCUUCUUCAUCAUCUUCAUCUACAAAUGCAAUGGUAGAUAAUUAUACAGUUGCCACUGGUACAACAGCUGCAACUAAAUUAGAACGUGAAUUAGAUUCAAUGGUAGAAGCAGAAGAAGCAGAAGAACAAGAAUUUGCUAACCCAGUUUACAUUUUACCUGAAUUGAAAAAUUCACAACUUCAUUUUGAUAAAGUUGAUGAAAAUAACCAUUUACCUGCACCAAUAAAACGUAUUCUUUAUAUUAAUCCAUAUGGAGAAGAAAUUAAACCAAUGGGUAACUCAAGAGCUAUUUCAAAAUUGAAAAAUGCUAAUAUGAUUAUUUAUUCUGUAGGAUCUUUAAUGACAAGUUUAAUGCCAAUUAUAAUCUUGGGUAAUUUUGCUGAUACUAUUGCCAUGACUAAGAAUGCUCACAAAGUUUUAAUCGUUAAUAACCAAUACGAUAGAGAAACUUCUGGGAUUUUUGGUGAAGAUUAUAUUAGAAUAGUUGUCGAGUCAAUGGCAAAUGCAAUGGCAGAUUACAGAGAGGCAAAAGGUUUAUCAAUUGACCCAACCACUAUUAAAUGGAACUCAUUUAUUACCGAUAUUAUAUAUUUAGAGAGAGGUGAAAUUCAAAUGGAUUGGGAUUUAAUUUCUACAGUACACAAUAUUAAGUGUCAUAAAAUUGAAGCUGAUUUAUUAGAAAAUGAAACCUUACAACAAGUGCUAGAGAUGAUAACUCAAACAAGUUUGUAA